UACUGCUUACAAAAGGAAACUUUAGUUUUUGCGCUAAAACGUAGUCAAACGAAUCAUUUCUUUUUAAUUUUGUGUCCAUAACAUACACGAUAAACCCACAAAUGUUGUGUAAAAAUGAUUAUCGAUACCUUUUCCUUUGUACCUAGACAAUGAUAAUUUGAAUCGUAGUUUCUACGUUACAAGGGUAUAACGGCGAUAGAAGAUGUGGCUGAGGCUAUAUACCACUUAGAUGAAGCUAACUGGGACUUGCUUGCCGCCAUCAACCGAGUGAUGCCGCAGGACGGCAACAGGUCGGCGCCGGCCGCGGACGACACUCACGACGUCGAGAUGAUCGACGACGAUAUAUCUGUGAUAACUCCAAAAACUCACCCACCUGAUCGAGACAGUAAUCAAGCUUCCACCUCAUCGCCUAGGGUUAAUUCUUCGGAUAUGGUAGAGCUGCAAGUCCACUAUAACAAUAAGAUGCACGAAAUCAAAAUGUCCGGGGUAGCCACAGUCAGUGAUUUAAAGAAAAGACUACAGUCAGUGUGCGGUAUACCCGUGUGCAGACAACAGAUAUCCGGACUGGGGGGCUCCCGGGCCACGCCCUCUGCCCCGCUGGCCAGUCUGGGGCUGCCACCCAACGCCGUGCUGCGGCUGAAAGCUGCGGACCAACUGCUCGACGACGAAGUUGCAGAGCGUCUAACAACAACAUACGUACUCCAUGUAAGACAUAACGAUAAAGAGUACACCCUCACAUACCCCGGCACCAAAACCGUGCAAGAAGUCAAGAACGACAUGUACUCGCUAACGGAUAUUCCUGCCAGGCAUCAGCAAUGGACCGGGUGGCCCACCGUGACGGGUCUGGACGACACGGUGCUGGCGAUGGUGGGCCUCGACCUGCCGCAGCACGAGCUCUCAGUCAAGCGCGCCGCGCCCGCCAGGCAGGAGAAAUACAAGAGGAUAAUAGUAGAGAGUUCGGACAGCGAGAACAGUUCCGUGGAGGAGGUGGAGGACCCGGCGGACGUGUUCACCGCAGAUGACGACAUGUUUGUGGAUCUGAACACGGAGCGGUUGCGGCCGCUAAUGUCAGAGCACGUGGAGGACGAGGCGCUGGGCUGCAUAGAGUUCGCAGCGCGGUUCCGCGCGCGCUACGGCCCCAACACGCCCAACUUCUUCGAGGGCACUCUACAGGACGCCAUCAAGGAGGCCUGUCUCAAACCCGCUAAAGAGAGGAAACUGCUGGGGCUAUAUUUGCACCACGAGCAAUCGGUGCUGUCGAACGUGUUCUGCGCACAGCUGCUGGGCUGCGAGGCGGUGCUGCAGACGCUCGCCACCAACUUCAUAGUCUACGGCUGGGACCUCACGCACCCCGAUAAUAAUAACAUGUUACUAACGUCCGUGGCGAAUGCUCUGGGUCCCGUAGCGAGUAUGACAAUACGGAGUAUCCCCAUGGACAGACUACCGGCGCUAGUCAUCAUAAUGCGAGUGCGGUCUAAUACUGAGAUUUAUUCCGUUAUUAAUGGAAAUGUAGGUGUGUCAGAGCUACUAGGCGGACUAAUGGAAGCGUUAGAAAGGUUCGCGUCGCAAAGAGACGAGGACGCAAGAGUUGAGCGCGAGCGAGAUGCAAGACAAAGAGUGAAGUUGGAGCAAGAUGAAGCUUACCAGCUGAGCCUUGAGGCUGACAGAGCAAAAGAAGAAAUUAAAAAACAACAAGAAUUAGAAAGAAAUCAAGAGUUAGAAAGGGCAGAAUCUGAAAGGCAACUAGAAGAAGCUAGGAAAGAGGCGAUGUGUGCUGUGGCGGCGGCGCGGGUGCCCUCGGAGCCGGCGAGCGAGGACGACGUGACGCGCAUCCGCGUGCGCCUGCCGCCGCCGCACCAUCUCUGUCUCGAGCGCCGCUUCCGUCCCACCGACACUCUCGCCGCAUUAUUAGACUUCCUCGCGUCAAAAGGUUAUCCACAAGAGAACUACAAGGUUAUAUCUAGCUGGCCUAGGAGAGACUUAACGACAGAAUCUCACAGCAGUACACUGAAAGCCCUGAAACUGUACCCGCAAGAGACGGUGAUGCUUGAAGAGCGGUGAAAUGGCACCGCCGCCCGCGCCGCGACACUAUACCAACUCUUAUCCCCUCACACAUAAAGUGCAAUUUCCAAUGACGCCGCGAUGCUACAUCUGAUGAAGAUUUAAAUUUGCCUUCAAGAAUAAGAAUAAAACGCUGAUCUACUUUUAAAGUUUUUAAAAUGAUUUUGAACUGAAACUAUGCAUUUUCCGACGGUCACAUUUGAUGUCUUUGUUGAUGUUCAAACUAUUUUGUGCUUUAGUUAGUGGUUGUAAGGUUCAUUCUUAUACAUCAAGUAUCCUGGCGAUAUACAUAAUGCAUUCAAGCAUUUAGAUCUUUGUCAGACUAAUUUGAUAUGUGAUUUUUAAGACACAAAAUGCGACAUGUUUCAUAUUUGUCACAAUACAUGUAUAUUUUCUGGAAGUUUUUCCAAAAAAUAAUAUUUAUGGGUGAACAUAUUUGCUUCUCUUACUACUUCUACGGUUUAUUUCUUAUUCCGAUAUUGUAUCAUAUGGUCUUAUAACUUAUUAAAAUGUCGACCAAAAAAUUGUUUUGUGUAAUGAAUUAUAAUUGAAAAUAUUUUAGGGAUACAGAUACUUCGUUAUCUGUCCUUAAUAUAAUAUCCUUUAGAUUUGAUGAAGUGGUAAAACGGUUCGUCCAAAACCUUUGUCCAUUUGUUCACACCACAACUUGUAAAUGGUAAUCCGAGAAAGCAAUAAAUUUUACAUACAAGAUUAUAUUACUCCCUUGAAAUCAGCUCAAAAACAUUCUAGCUUUAAUUUAUAUUUAAAAGCUUAAAUCUUAUUAGGAUGUUGAUGACGAAAUAAUAAUGCAAAUCCAACAGUGGAACCUAAUAUGUAAGAACGAGAGGCAAAUAUACAUAGGUUUCAUUUUUAUAUUGGCUUAUUUUAGUACACGAUUGUCGUUGUUACGUACGAUGACCAAAAAUACAGUAUGUAAAUGUUUACUUAUUUCUAACGGGAUUCGUAUACCAUUUUGAGAGAAAAAAAUUAUAUACAGUCUGUCAAUAAUAGUACAGAAGGGGUCUGUUUCUAAAAGGAACCUAUAUACUUUUUUUGGAGAUUAGAAAUUAUAUAAUGGAGGAGUGCCAGACUGACCUAAUGUACUGAAUGAUCAAGAUUGAUUGGUAAACCCACAAUGUUGCCAGCCAAGAGGACACAGCUCGCUCUUUAUUUUCUCUACUCUUUAUAAACAGACUGUACAUGGACACAUUUCUAUAUAUACUUCUGCUUAUCCGUAUUGUAACAAUAAAAAAAUACACUUUUCGUUAAGUAAUCGUGUUCUAAACAUAAUUUGUCUAAUAAUUCAAUGAGGAUAUUAUUUAAUUGCAGCCUUAUUGUAUAAUAUCUUCCCACAACGUGUUGUCCACGGCCAGCGGCGCCGGUUCACAAUUCCAGAUGCUGCAUUCUAGUAGCUGACUUACGUUAAACCUCCAUUUAAAUAAAUAUACAUGUGAAUAUGAGUCUUAUGUGGUAAAGUUUGGGUACUUUUUACAAUAAUGGAUCUUGCAGUUUACACGCAUGCGUCAAAUUUACUUGUGAAAUAUCCCAGUUCAUAAAAAGAAUUAAGGAAUAUGAUAAAAGUAUUGCCUUGUCUCUAUCGCACUUUGCAAAAUUUGGUAUUGACAGAAAGAGACAAACUACUUUAACUUCAAAUAUGCUUUAUUUAUUUUAUGAAUAACAGAUAUAUAAGGUAUAUGUCUACUUGAUGUGUAUAUUUGUAUGUAUAUUUAAUAAAUGGAAGCGUUGUGAGUUAGAUACGAUCUCAAUUUGCCGAAGUGUAAUAUUAUUUAGAGCAGCGUUGUAUGUUUUCUUCAUUUAUAUUUAUCUAAAUGUUUAUAGCUUAAUAUAAUGUAAAUUACUUAUAAUUAAAGAAUGACUGAAGUUUCUGAUUACUCCGUAUGUACCGAUUUAUGUUGUUUAUUUGUUUCAAUGUCGCUAUUCAGUGUUGCCUGUAUAAAGGUGCGCAGUCGCAAUGUACAGUUCAGAUAUGGCAACACUUACCGGCUGUCAAAAUAUUUUUAUUGUAUUCGGAUAACAUUUUUACUUGUUCGAAUAUUUAUAUGCGGGAUUUCAUAUAAUUCGAUUAUAUAGUAAUUUUAAGAAAUUAUGUUUUAGUAGCGUGGUAAGGUUGCCGUGUCACACCUAUACUAUUAGGGAUUCCUAAUCGCAUUUUUGAUCUUUGUAAUUUUUCACACCACAGAGAUGUAACAGUGUAUCGCGAGGGAGUUAUGUACCCGAAUAAAUAACAGAAUGAU